GUAUCUGUCGCUGGCGACGUGGAAACAUGGAGGAAUGAAACAGUAAUUGGAAGCCAUCGGUGAUAUUGAAAGUAGUUAAUCAUUAUUAAGGCGGCGUCUUAUCGAUCAAAAGGGGAGGAAGACUCGCAGAACAUCCGGGACGAAAACACUUGUGAGGAAAAGGUGUCACUGUCGUAUCGACAAGUCAGAUAAAUUAUCAGCAGGGCCUGGUGCCAGUAGGAGAUGAGGCUGUGAGAGGGGCUCGUCUGGGAUCAGGAGAUGGGAGCCAACACCAGCCAGGUCAGCGACCUGUCCGAGAACGAGAGCCUCAGAACCCUGAUUGGCACUGAGUCCAUAUCCGAGAAUGACCCCUUCUGGAACCAGCUCAUCUCCUUCACCUUCACCAGCCCCACCAACAGUGGGGACUCCAAACUUUUGGAAGAAGCUGUCAUCCCUCUCGCCAAGAUCCUCAUCGAGAACAAUCCCAGAACAGGAAACUUUGGAGCCCUUGUGAGAGUUUUCCUCGGACGAACCAAAGAGUUGAAAAUAUCCACAGAAUGCCAAGAUCAGCUGUUCAUCUGGCAGGCCCACAACGCCCUCUUCAUGAUCCGGUGCCUGCUCAAAGUCUUCGUCCGGGAGAUGAGCGAGGACGAGCUGCAGUCGCAGUUCUCCUACCAGGAGAGGGCGCCAGGAUCUUGCGAGUCCGGGAGCGAAGACCUGCUGGAGGAGACGAUCUGCAACCUGGUGCAUCUGAUCGUGGAGGUGCCCCUGCUGGACAUCACCUACAGCAUCCUGUUUGAGGCCGUGACCUCGCUCCUCAUCCUGCUGUCCUACCAGCUCUUCCACAAGGAGAUCCUGAGGGACGGAGUCAUCUACAAGUACCUGAUGCAGGGGAGAUGUUUGGCCCUGACGAGCCGGCUGGUGAAAACCCUGCUCUACAACUUCAUCAGGCAGGAGAAGUGCCCGCCCCCGGUCGCCCACAUCUUCGAACCUCACUCCGAGGGAGGGGGGCUGCUGUACGGGCUCGCCUCGGGAGUGGCAAGUGGGCUGUGGACCGUGUUCACGCUGGGAGGGGCCGGCAGCAAGCCCAACCCUGACCAGGAGCAGCACCCGCUGCCGCUGUCCAAUCAGAGCCUGCUGCUGCUGCUGGUGCUGGCCAACCUGACGGAUGGGCUGGACUGCCCCAACCCCUACAGACAGGCCAUCACCUCCUUCAAGAACACGCAGGACACGUCCUCCAUUCCGUCGCCGCACCCCCACACCUUCCAGAUCAACUUCAACAGCCUGUACACGGCCCUGUGCGACCAGCAGCGGUCAGACCAGGCCACGCUGCUCCUCUACACCCUGCUGCACCAAAACGCCAACGUGCGCACCUACGUGCUGUCGCGCACCGACAUGGAGAACCUGGUGAUGCCCAUCCUGGAGAUCCUGUACCAUGUGGAGGACAGGAACUCCCACCACGUCUACAUGGCCCUCAUCAUCCUCCUCAUCCUCACCGAGGACGACACGUUCAACCGCUCCAUCCAUGAAGUGAUGUUGAAGAACAUCACCUGGUACACGGAGCGUAGUCUCACUGAGAUUUCCCUCGGGAGCUUGCUGAUCCUGGUGGUAAUCCGGACCAUCCAGUUCAACAUGACCCGGACGCGGGACAAAUACCUCCACACCAACUGCCUGGCAGCUCUGGCGAACAUGUCAGCCCAGUUCCGCUGCCUGCAUCAGUACGCAGCCCAGCGGAUCAUCAGUUACACCGGCCGCCACAUGCGGAGGUACUUGUAUGUGCUGGACAGUAUGUAUUUCCCUCGGUCCAGUUGCAGCCGGCUGGAGCACUGGCUGGGCGCCGUGGGCGACGCGGGGGAGGAGCUUGCGCACUUGACUUGCUCGUUCAUUCUCAGGUCCUAUGCUUCCAGCCUGUUUGCUCUGCUGUCCAAGAAGCACAACAAGGUCCUAGAGCAGGCCACGCAGUCGCUGAGGGGACCGCUGGGAUCGGACGACAGCGCCGCCCUGCCAGACUAUGCCCAAGAUCUGAAUGUGAUUGAGGAGGUGAUCCGCAUGAUGCUGGAGAUCAUCAACUCCUGCCUCUGCAACUCGCUGCACCACAACCCCAACCUGGUCUACGCCCUGCUCUACAAGAGGGAGCUCUUCGAGCAGUUUCGCUCUCACCCGUCGUUCCAAGACAUCAUGCAGAACCUCGACACAGUGAUAGGAUUCUUCAGCGGGCGUCUGGAGCAGGCAGGGACGGACCUGUCCGUAGAGCGGGUCCAGGAGGUCAUCAAGAAAGGGGCCGUGGCUCUGCCCAAAGAUCGGCUCAAGAAGUUUCCAGAGCUGAAGUUCAAGUAUGUGGAGGAGGAUCAGCCUGAAGAGUUCUUCAUCCCCUAUGUUUGGUCUCUGGUCUUCAACUCCGGGGUGGGCCUACACUGGAGCCCACAGGGCAUUGAGCUCUUCAGCAUGGACUCUGGCUGAGUGUGAGUGUGAGUGCGAGUGUGAGUGUGAGUGUG